UCCAACAUCUUUUGCGCCUGGAGUUCGUUCAAACUUAUAUGAGGGGACUCAGCCCUGAGAGAAGUAUUUAUUCCCGUUAGUGUAAUAAAGGUUAAUUGAAAGUGGUCCAUUCAACAUGGAAUUACCGGUUCUGGUUUUAGUGGCGGUGGUCCUAUCGUUCGGCACCAGCACUAAACUGAACGUGCCGCGCCUUCGACUGUCAUACAAAGAUCUGUUGGCCACAAACCGUACCUCCAUUUUCAAUGGUUUUCAUGGAGAUCUGCACUUGUCAGCUGUGUUUUUGGAUGAAUAUCAUGACAGGCUUUUCCUGGGAGGGAAGGAUGUUCUCUACUCAUUGAGACUGGAUCACAAACAUGAUGCUAAAGAGAUCUGUUGGCCACAAACCGUACCUCCAUUUUCAAUGGUUUUCAUGGAGAUCUGCACUUAUUGUACCCUCAUUUGCCGCCAAAACACCCAACACUUUAAUAUGAACUCUUUCUAUGUGUGUUUGGUGCAGACAGAGUGUGCAAACUUUGUGCGGUUGUUGCAGCCAUUUAACCGCACUCAUCUACUGGCCUGUGGAACUGGAGCUUUCCAACCUGUGUGUGCAUAUGUGAAUGUUGGACAGCGCGGAGAGCAUGUGUUCAGUUUGGAUCGCACCACGGUACAGAAUGGGAGGGGGAAAUGUCCCCAUGACCCCAAACUACCCUUUGCAAGCACCUUCACAGGUGGAGAGCUGUACACCGGUCUGACUGCAGAUUUUUUGGGGAGAGACUCUGUGAUUUUGAGAGGUUUAGGGACUCGCUCGCCAAUGAGAACAGAGACGGAUCAGAGAAUCCUACACGAGCCCAGGUUUAUUGCGGCCCACCUCAUUCCUGACAGUGCAGACAGAGAUGAUGAUAAAAUGUAUUUCUUCUUCACUGAAAGAGCAACAGAGACUGCAGAGCGAGACGAUGAAGGAGCCAUACACACACGCAUUGGACGAUUGUGUGUGAAUGAUGUGGGUGGGCAGAGGGUUCUGGUGAAUAAGUGGAGCACAUUUAUUAAAGCCCGACUGGUGUGUUCGGUUCCUGGACCUCAUGGCAUCCAAACACACUUUCACCAGCUGGAGGAUGUGUUUCUGUUAAGGACCAAAGACGAAACCAAUCCAGAGAUCUACGCAAUAUUCAGCACCAUCAGUAAUGUGUUUCAGGGCUAUGCAGUGUGUGUGUAUAGUAUGGCUGAUAUCCGUGAAGCAUUUAAUGGGCCAUUUGCUCAUAAAGAAAGGCCAGACUAUCAGUGGGGACCUUAUGAAGGACGGGUCCCUUACCCGAGACCAGGAGUGUGCCCUAGUAAGAUCACGGCCCAGCCUGGUCGUGCCUUCCGUAGUACACUGGAGUUUCCAGAUGCUGUUCUGCAAUUUGCACGAACACACCCACUAAUGUGGCGUCCCAUUUACCCAUCACAACGGCAACCACUGCUGCUCCGCACCGGCGCCCCAUACAGGCUCACUCACAUCACUGUAGACCGCACACAGGCUGAGGACGGAUACUAUGAUGUCAUGUUCAUCGGCACUGAUAUUGGGACUGUGCUAAAGGUUAUCGUACUUGGAAACAGUAACUCUCUGGCCAACGAGGAGAUCACCCUGGAGGAAAUGCAGGUGUUCAAGGUACCCACUCCCAUAACCUCCAUGGACAUAUCUGUGAAAAGGCAAACUCUGUUCGUAGGUUCACAGACAGGUGUUGUCCAGGUGCCUCUGCACCGUUGCAGUAUGUACGGUAAAGCUUGUGCCGAGUGCUGCCUGGCUCGAGAUCCAUACUGUGCCUGGGACGGACACACCUGCACACGCUACCUGCCAAACACAAAACGGCGUUACCGAAGACAGGACAUCAAACAUGCAAACCCAGCACUGCAGUGCAUGGACCAAAACCUCAGCGUGGAGGAUCUGGAGCUGACUGAAGAACGAGUCGUUUAUGGCACCGAGAACAACAGCACCUUCCUGGAGUGCAUCCCUCGAUCGCCACAGGCCACUGUCACAUGGCACAUUCAGAGAGAUGACUACAUAGAGGAGGUGGUACUAGAUGAACAUAUCACUAAGACAGACGAUGGUUUGUUGUUCCGCCGUGUGCUCCGUCAGGAUGAAGGCAUCUAUGUGUGUCGAUCUCGGGAACACGGAUUCACACAAACCCUCUCACGCUUCUGGUUGGACGUCUUACACACUGACACCCUUUCAGACCUCCUGUCACGUGACAGCAAAUAUAAAGUAUGGUCACCGUGCCCUGCCAACACAGCCUCUACCAAUCGUGGCCCAGCCAGGACGUGGUUCAAGGACAUCUUGCAGCUGAUUGGUCCUUCGAACUUGCCGCAGGUGGAGCAGUACUGUGAACGUGUUUGGUGUAAUGAGAAGCUGAGACGCAAACACAAAAGCAUGAUGAACAAAUAUCGGCAAGUGCAGGACUCUGCACGGCGAGCACGAGUCCAAAAGAGCACAGGAGAAUCCCGAAUCCGCUCUCCACGGGACCUCCACUCACAAGAGUAAAAUACAGAGCCACAUGAAGCAAUAUGGACUUCCAAAGGAAAGUGGACGUGAUUUUUAGAUGCUCUCAUACACACACAUAAACAUACUUGUUUUUGUUUGUGGUGAUGUAAAAUAUUAUAGGUUGCGUGUUUAACAGUCCAAGAUCUCUCCCUGUGAAUUAGGACAUUCUUGAGGAUUCAUCCUUUCUAAAAGUUCCUGUGACCAUGGCAGCCGGCCCUCAUCAUCUCACAGUAGACCAUGGCUGAUGUCUUAAGAGCUCAGCAGCUGCAAAAUCUUUUUACUGGAACAAAUGAGGGUAGACAGGAUGGAACUAGUAGAUUGGAGCGCAGACCCUGCUAUAACAGGUGCCCAAAAAAAAACAAAAAAACAUUUAAGAUACAUCUGGCUGUGAUACAACUGAGUGUAACACUCAGACUUUUCCUCAACUGAGAACUAUGGCAGAGUUCAACAAAACAUUAAACAGUAAAGAAAUAA